UUAAAUGGAUUAAUUUCAACAGAUACUUUCAAUUGAAUUCUUGACAGUCCUACGCCAGCAUCCACCAUGCCUACCAAUUUUAGCGGAACAUGGGACAUUAUUAGUAAUGACAACUUUGAAAGUUACAUGGUAGCACUUGGAAUUGAUUUUGCGACACGGAAGAUUGCAAACAUGUUGAAACCUCAGAAAGUGAUUGAACAAGACGGGGACUCCUUCACCAUCAAAACCUUCACCUCCUUCAAGAACUACACAGUCUCAUUCAAGAUUGGGGAGGAGUUUGAUGAGGUGACCAGGGCAAUGGAUAACAGAAAGGUCAAGACUGUGGUCAACUGGGAAAAUGAUAAACUGGUGUGUGUUCAGAAGGGAGAGAAGAAGAACAGAGGGUGGACACACUGGAUAGAAGGAGAUAAGCUCCAUCUGGAAAUUACCUGUGAGGAUAAAGUCUGCAAACAAGUAUAUAAAAGAAGUGCUUGAUCAUGCUUUUACCAUAUUUUGAACUUCUACCACCUCAUUUUUAUAAAAUACAUAUUCUCCAAUCACAAAUGUCUGUAUUGAGUAUCAAAAUAAUUGUGAAUCUACAACACUGUGUAUUCUGUGUAUAUAUACACUAGAUUUCUUAACAAAAACCACGAAUAAAGAAUUUGACCAGAAA